AUGGCUUCGCCUACAGCGGGAGCAAGUGAAGCUCCUCAGGGGGGACAAAGCCCUGGUGGAGCGAGCGAGCAGCCUGUUCUGACAGGCGAAGUGGUGCUGAACCAGUUGGCAGCUGCCGUGGCGCAGCUGGCCCAGGCGACUACCUCGAGCGGCCAAAGCUCGAGCCAGUGGAAGGAGACGAAGUAUGUGAAGGCCCCGGACCUCUUCAAUCCGAAGUCUUUGGAGGACGAGGCUGCUCAGUGGGGCGAUUGGUCGUUCCACUUCCGUAACUUCAUGACGAUUCAGGACUCAGGCUACCGUGCCGACUUUGAGAAGUGCGAGUCUGCCAGCAGCUUUGUCAACUUUGCUGACUAUGAUGCUGCGGUGAAAGAGAGAGCUCUUCGGCUCUACUCUGUGUUGGCGAGCUACCUCCGGGGUCGCCCGCUAAAGUUGCUUCGUUCCAACAAGAAUGGGGACGGCUAUGCAGUCUGGAGGCAGCUUUGUGAUGAACGACAACCACGCUCGCGCCCUCGUGCCUUGGCUUUGGCGCAAGCGCUGUCGCGCUUCCCGCCGCACAAGGAGGGCACCUCUCUCUUGGAGUACAUCUUGGGCUACGAACGGCUCAUUGCGGAGUACGAGGCUGUGGCGACGCAGAAGUACCAGGAGGACCUCAAGAUCUCGACGCUCCUUGCUGGCUUGCCUCAGGAGGUCAAGCGCUACAUGUACCUUCAGGUCAACGACUCCACGACCUACUUGGGCCUGAGGGAGAAGCUGUUACAGUACGAGAGGACGUCUUCUACAUGGACGGCAGAGAGCAUGCUGAAGUCCCUCGGUGGCGGCUUCAACACUGAUGCGAUGGAUGUGGACCGUGUUGCUGAUGCCAAGGGCAAGGGCAAGAAAGGCGAUAAAGGACCUAAGGGCAAACCCGGCAAAGGCGAGUACGGCAAGAAGGGCGAGUACGGCAAGAAGGGCAAUGAGAAAGGCUGGCACCGUGAUGGUGGCAAAGGCUAUGGCAAGGGCUCACCGAAAGGUGGGAAAGGCAAGAAAGGAGAUCCUGGGAAAAAGGGCUCUCCUAAGGGCUCUUUGUCUUUGGUGGAGUGCUGGAAGUGUGGCAAGCGAGGACACUACGCAGCAGAGUGCCGAUCGAGAGUCAACCAGGUGAACCAGGAUGAUGAUGCAGCUUCGGUGCAGACGAGGGCAACUACCUCUUCUGCUACGACAGCAAGCACAGCCGCUCCUGCGGCAAAGGCGCAAGUUCGUCGAGUGCAUGUGGUUGACCUCGAGCAGCUUGAUGAGGACCAGUUGCUCGGUGUCGAGUUUUUGGGCUCUGUGCGUAUGGUGCGAGAAGUUGACAGUGAUGCCGAAGACGAGCUUUCUUGCAGCAGUGUCCAGUGCUUCACCAUAGGCAGCGACAAUGAGAGUGAGUUUUCUUUUGAGCUUUGCAGUUCCCUUGACCUGACGGCAGAUGAUAGUGGUGAGCUUGAGGCUGAGAGUGCUUUCCAUGUUCGUGCUGUUGCUGCGGACCCCAAUUUGCAUGAAGUGAUUUUGGACAGUGGAGCCGAUUGCACAGUCUUGCCCCUCAGCUCGUUUGCAGACGUCGGCCAGCACAGUCAUGAGAGCUCGUUCCUGCUAGAUGCGCAGGGCAACAGGAUUCCGCAAGGUCAGGUCCGAACGUCUGUGGUUUUCGAGGUUGAGGGUAUCGAUGGUGAGAUCAUUCAAUUUCGUGACAAGGCAGUGCUAGCGCAAGUUCGGCAGCCGUUGUUUUGCUUCGGGAAGUUGCUUCGUGAUCAGUGGUUGCCCGAGCUGAAUCCUCAACAGGGCUGGUGCCUCAGAAAGGGCGAACGGUCCUUCGGAGUGCACUGGAGCAAGAACUCUCUUGCCACUUACAUGAGGAUCCUGAGGGUCGAAGGAGAGUGCGCCAAGUCGGCUCACGAGCCGGCGUCUCCACAGGCACCCCCGGCCAUGGCAGUGAGGUUGGUGGUCGAGAUCUCUGAUGAUUUGGAGAUUCAUGCGCAGGCCCUAGGCUGGAGCUUGAAUUCUAGCAUGCAGCCAGUGCACAUGGGAACAAACAUGGAAACCACCUUUGAUGGCUCUGGUCGCUUUAGUUGCUCAGAUUGGCCGUUUAGGACCACACUUCUUUGCCGUGGUGAUCGCAAAUAUGAAGUCUUUGAGUGCUGUGAAGUUUGGGAAGAUCGGCUUGAGUUUGGUUUCGGUGCCCGUGAAAGCAAGGUGUUGACUAUCCUCACAAAGGAAGCUAUAGAGCCCAAUGACCUCGGUAAAGUACUUCAGCAAGAUCCUGCUCCACGUGGCGAACGCUCCUUUGAUGAACCUCCCAAUGAACCCUUGCAAGCCCCAGGUCUUGAGCCCGAUGAGCCAGCAGACGGAGCAGCUGUCGAGCCUGAAGGAGAUGACCGCAGAGGAGAGGUUGCAAUGCUAGGGCCUUCUCCGGUUGAAGUUCUUGGGGAUGAUGAAGAAGCUUUGGUGGUGAAUGGUACGCGUCUAACUGAGAUUAGUCCACUUCGUGAGCUUCGGCUUGCUUGUCGGUUCCUUGGCAUCUCGAAGAACGGCUCAAAGUCAGCAGUGUGGCAGCGCUUGAAGAAGGAGGUAGCACACAGCAAGUUGCAGUUGGAGGUUGCAGCAUCGGAAGCCGUGAGGGCAGAGUUUUCCAGAGAUCCCGUAGUUCAGGCACUCCCAGUUCCUCCAAGUCCCGAGCUAGUUGCACUACAUGAAGUUACACAUCUUCCUCGUGCUGAUUGGUGUGAAGCUUGCAUAGCAGCCCGGAGUCGUGAAGAUAACUUUGAAGCAGCAGGCCCCAAACGUGAGUUCCCGGUGAUCUCUCUGGAUUUUAUGUUUGUGAAGACUGAUGGGGAAGAUGCACCUCUUGCCACUCACCUGGUGUGCGUGGACUCUCAAUCCAAGUACGUGGUAGCAGUUGCACUUGCUUCCAAAGGAGGCAAAACCUUGAAACAUGCUGUGGAAGAGGUGGUCGGCAUGCUGACGGUUCUCGGCUAUGCCAAAGUGAUCCUAAGGUACGACACAGAACCGUCCAUGAAACAACUUGUGAACUCCAUUGUUGCUGUGCGCGCAAAGAACAACUUGGCAACAGAGCUCGAACCCGUCGGGCCGGACUCCUCUGUGCAUGGGUCACUUCGCUCUGAACGUUAUCAUCAGACUGUUCGUAACCUUGGCAAUUGUCUCCUGAAAACAAUAGAGCAACGGACAGGACACAAGGCCGAGACUUGGAGCCCGCUGCAUUCAUGGGCGUUUGUGCACGCAGCCUUCCUGGUGACAAGGUUCCAUGUUCACCGGGAUGGGUGUACAUCUCAUGAAUUAGUACAUGGACGGAAGUACGACCAGAAACUUUGCCCUUUUGGCUCUGCUGUUUAUGCACAAUACCUUCCGAAGAACAAAAACAAGGGAGAAGUUUGGCGACAAGGUGUUUGGCUGGGCAGAGCAAGAAUUGGGAAUCUACAUGUGAUCGGUGACAGUGCUGGCAUUCACUUUGCCAGAACCAUUCGGAGGCCUCCCAAGGCCUACGACUUGGAGCUUCUGAAGACCAUGCGGGGGACUCCUUACGACUUCCUGUUGGACGUGGUGCCCGUGCGCAAGAAGAAGGUGGACAAGGACCGAUUGCCGAUCCUAGUGGAAGCUGCUCCUGGCCCUUUGCCUGCCGAGGAAGCUGCAAACGACGGUCCAGGAGAUGAGGCUGCAAGUGACCCUACCUCCUCUGAGGCCGGAGGUGUUGGAUCGAUGAGUGUGAGCUUGCCUGGGCAAUCUUCUGGGACGGGCUCUUCCUCUUCUACGGAGCUCAUCCCUGAUGCUAUGGACGUUGAAGGCGGCGUCAACCAGGCCGCUGAGGAUGAAGACGGCGUCGCUGUUUCGGCUGAGGGGGGACUCCCUACAGGCCACUUCGAGGAGGAAGGCUUCCACGGCGUUCCGGAAGAUUGGAGCGACAUCUUCGAGGAGACUUGGGAGAUCGAGGGUGUCUUGCAGGAGGCGGAAAGACGAAAGUACGAAGAAGGGCCUCCUGUGCUUGAUGCCGACGCUCUUGCGGCAUUGGAUGCUGAGAUGGAUGAGGUUGAAAUCCAGAGGCUCUUGGGAAUGAAAGUUCUUGAAGAGAUUGGCCCCGACGAGGACGUGAGUGACAUGUACCGUUUAGGCUGCAAGAACGUUCGAGAUUGGAGGUUUCGCAACGGCUGGGUGCGACGAUCACGCUUGGUUGCCAAAGAGUUUCGCUUUCUGCAACCGUACAUGGAGAACUUGUAUAGCCCUGCUUCGCUGAGUUCUACACAAAAGUUGCUUGCAGGACUUUGUUGUUGUAAUCCUCAGCUUCGUUUGUACAGCGGUGACAUCAAGGAUGCAUACCUCACUGUGAAGCAGAGACGGAAAACCUACAUUGUCAGCAACAGUGGUCGUAUGUACAGGCUGCACUACAAUCUGCCCGGACAAAGGGCAGGUGCUCGAGACUGGCAUGAGAAGCUUAAGGCAGUACUUGAAAGUGAUGGUCUUCGUGCUUUUGAAGGUGCCCCAGCCCUCUUCUAUGAGCCCCAGAGUUUGAUCGUUUCCACACAUGUCGAUGAUUUGCAAAUGCUAGGACUUGAUGCACGAGUGCAGCGCCUGAUCAAGAAGAUCGAUGAGGCAGAUCUCCAGUUCGGUGUUGAGGGGCCGUGCACGCCUUGGUCGGGUGAGUGUCGCUUCUUGAAGUGGAAGUUCAUGGGGGUCAACGGGAGCAUUGUCAUAGAGCAAGAUGGGAAACACGUCGAGAAGCUGAUCAACCUGGUCGGUGUCGAGAGAGAGUCUGGCAAGCAGACCCCAUGCCCCAUGAACCCCAACGAUGUGAAGUCCACGAAACCUUUAUCUUCCGAAAAGUACCCAGCUUACCGCACGGCCAUAGGUAUUCUCCUCUAUCUCGGCCCCGAUAGACCCGAAUGCCUCUACACGAUCAAGCUGCUCUCCGCGAAGACUUCCAACCCUACAGAACAUGAGUGGCAUCUUUUGCGACACCUCGUGAGAUACCUGAAGCUGCAUCCCAAGCGUGGCAUUUCUUUGAGUGCAUGCAAUCCUGGCAGGACCGUUGAGCAGCGUUGGCUUGGGAACCCUGGUCCUGAGCGAGGCCCGGAAGCUGAUGCUUCCAAACCUUUCGGGAACGGACACCUCAUAGAAUCAAUCUCUGACGCCUCGUGGGGUGGAGAAGCCGACAGGCGGAGCAUCAGCGCUGCAGUUAUAUUUUUAAGCGGGAAUGCGGUGCACGUGGGCAACAAGAGGCAGAAGAGUAUAUCGCUUUCUUCCUGCGAGAGUGAGGUCCACGGGAGCUUAUACUCCAUUCAGGAAGGGCUUUUCUUGAAAAGGCUCUUAGAGACUGUGUGUGAGAACAGCGUGCACCUCGUUCAUCGAGUAGACUCUUCUUCGUGCAGGGCAUUCAUUGAUCGUGUUGGUCUGGGACGUUUGAAGCACAUCGACAUAGCAUACUUGUGGGUGCAAGAUCUCAGAGCUCGCAACAUGUUCACUUUGAAGCCUAUCUCUACGAAGUUUUGCCCGCCGGACCUGGCCACAAAGCCGAUGAGUGGGGUGAGAUCCAGAAUGCUAGAGUACACCAUAGGAGUGUGUCAGUCUGAUGGCACCCUCGUCGGAUCGGAAGAGUUCGAAGACGAAUGGAACAGAGAGCAGCUGCGGCGAAUCCGCAGUACCAAAGAGGGUGUGAGUUCAACUGCUAAGGCCUAUGUUGCAAGGAGGGUCCUGGCGCUCUUGCUUGCGAGUGAAGGUCUGAGCUUUGCAGAUGGAGCCCCUUUUCUGUCUCGAGAUCCGAACACCCCGUUCAUGAUGACCCGGUGGAGCUUUGGCUUCAUGAUGGUGAUUCCUGUGCUGCUGGCGGUGCUCUUUGUCAAGACCGAGGCCUACUUCAAGAACUACUUCAAGUCGAGCGGUGACCACAAUGGUGAGGAAGUGAACGUCGAGAACCUCAAGGUGACGAGGCGCUUGGAGGAGACCGUCGAGUAUCACAACAACGUCGAGGAGAACAAUUUCUUAGAGAAUGCCUUCUACAUCAUGGCCUUCUUUGCUUGCGUGCCAACUUGGAGACCAACGUGCUUCAACGUGGCGAUCCAGAUGUACCUCAUGGCAGUGACCAUCCUCUUCUUCUACGUGGCGAUCGACCGGAACCUCUUCGUGAAGAUCCUCUUGAAGUUCAACAAGGUGCUCAGCGUGUUCCAGGCGAAGGAGCUCAAGGUGACGAUUCUCCGGAUGAAGGGGUGCCACCGCCUCUACAAAGCCAAUGGCAUCGACUACUCGGAGGACCUUCUUCGUCACUGGGAACAACACCGUGAAGUCCCAGUCGAGUUCCUUGGAGAGUUCGAGGGACGUGGUGCGGCAGCUGCUGCUGCUACUGGCGAGGAACUGGGUGGCGAAGUGACGGCUGCUGCUGCAGAAGUCCGUGGAGACCAAGGUGAGCAAGUGUGGCUGGUCGGUCGUGGCUCUGCCUUCCACAAGGAAAGCUGUGGCAUGGUCAAGAAGGCACAACCUCAAGGAAAGGCGCGACCGUUGGAGCGAGUGACUGCCGUAGCACAGGGUUACAAGCGUUGUGGACAGUGCAAACCGUGA